GAGGUUAACAAGAAUUAUCAGUUGCUUGACGGCAUCUUAACAAAUAUCUAGAAUGAUGAAAGUUUUUUUUCUUGGCUUAUGCUUGGCCUGCCUGAGUUUUGCCGCUGAUGGACCUUUACCUGAAUAUAUUUUGGGAGAAUAUAAAUAUGAAUCCUCGGAGAACUAUGACGAGUUCCUGACUGAUCUAGGUUUGAACUGGUUCACAAGGCAGAUAAUUCAGAGCGUGAACCCUAGAAUAACAAUUAGUCAAGGUGGCGGGAAAAUAAAAUUAACACUUGGAUCCAGCCUCUUCUCUAGUACAUCAGAAUUCGAGCUCGGGGUUCCAUUCAUGGAGAAAGAUCCUCGUGGUGGAAAUGUGCCGGCUAUCGCAACUUUUGCUGGUAACUCACUAAAGAAAGUAUUGACCCCCACGGAGGACCCAGCUUACACGGAGAUCAGAACAUUUACAGAGAAUGGGAAGCGUAUGACGGUUACCCUCAGUGUGGUUGGAAGUCCUAUCACAGCAACAAGAUACUUCCAAAAGGUCUAGAAACUGGUUCAAAAACUGGUUUCGAAAUAAACAAAGAAACAUUUUUUGUUUAUAUUAAUCCUAGUGCAGUACCAUGUCUCCAGUAAGGUUUAUAAAUUGUCAUUUAUAAUAAUUAUGUAAUAAAUUCUUAAAUGUGAA